AUGAGGAUUGGGUCGUCCUUCCAGUGCUGUUAUACUUUUAUUGUAAUCACAUCUUUCAUUGCUGAACAAGAAAGCAGACAAGAAUUCCAUCCAUUGUUAGGUAGAUAUGUUGACAAUAUCCAUGUUGACUCUCUACAUCUCAAGAAUAAUGCAUGUGCUCUUGCACAUCGCCAUUUCUUGGAUGAGCUUAUGAAGCAAUGCUUUCAGGAUGUUCACAGCGUUUCUUCUUUUUCUAAAUUGCCACCAACUUCCAAAUUUGUAAGGUACGUUGAGACUCUGCGAUCGAAGUGCUGUCUUCCCAAGCUGGCCAAGAAGGUAGUGAGAUGGUUUGAGGAGGGGAAGGCGGUGAAGGAUAGGUUUGACUAUCGCUUCACAGGAAGAGACUCUCGUAUGUUUUUGUUUAAUUUUAUGUAUUUAUUUGAGGUUCUUGAGGAAGGUAUUAAAGGAAAGAAUUACCAACAGCGUAUCCAUGGCCUUGCUUUGGUUUGUCGUUAUUUGCGUGAUUCUGUUUCUCUUUUCACCAGAGUUCAAAUCACUGAUGACCAGGUGAGUGAUUUGGAAGGUCUCUGCUCUAAUUACGUUAGAGCAAACUAUGUUUUUUAUUAUCUUAAUCCAACAGUUUGGCCAAUUGGCUUUGUGGUACCAGUCCACACUAAGGAUAUGGUGCGUAAGUAUGGGAUGGGCCUGGGUUUGAACUCAAUGGAGGGGAGGGAAGCAAAACAUGUUGCCAUAAGUAAGUAUGCUCGGAACACAAUGUACCACAAGCGAUGGGAGCAGAUUUUCAGACAUGAGUUUGCCUCAUUGAUUUGGCUGAGGGAUCAAGGCUUUGAGCUAUCAAACCAUCCCAACCACCAGAUCUCCUGCAUCCCCAAGAGAACUUCAAAGCCAGACUUCUGCAACUGUGCCUUCCUCAAAGAAGAAAACAAGGCUCAGUGUACGUUCUGCAGUCAUCCCAUGAUGGAAGGCCAUGGUGAGUAUUUCUAGAGGCAAGUACUUAACCUAAAAGAAAACGUUGCUACAGCUUAAUAUAGCUAAAAUCCAAAUAGGUUCCUUUACUGUCGCCACCAGGUCUUAUUUUACAGCUAUCAACUGGAGUCAUAACUGCUUUUAUUCAAUGUGAAGAGAGUAGAUGUCUGCAGCACAACAGUCUUUUUACCUCAAAAGCCAAAAAAAUAUCUCCAGGUCAAGGAAACCAGAGUUGUCUAAAUACAAUUUGUUUAGUAAAGUUGAUUGCUUAAAAAAACUUGGAGUAUUUUAUCCAGAAUUGUAGCCAUAGGCUGAAUUUCUUUGGAUUUACAUUACACGGGGUCUUAUCCGGACUGCUAUAUAAGGCACACGGUGCUGCCGCGCAUUUUACAUGUAUAAGAGAGUGUUAGUAUGUUAAUGCCCUUUUGGUUAUGCGGCCAAGUAUACAGGCACUGACGAUGGACAUUGACAUCUACAGUGGUUCUUUAAUGUCCCACAAUAACAGGUUAAGAUCAUUCACUAGGAAAUCAAUCUCACUUGGUGAAGCCAAAGGAAGGAAUAAUAAUUAUCCCAUUGAAUCAAUCUCAGUGUGCAAAUAUCCAAUAGUAGCCAACUAGUAAAUCCCUUCUUCAAUAAAUCCUUUGGAAUUGUUGAUCAUGUGAUGCUAGUACUUAUUGAUUUUGACUUGAUUUUAGUGGCUCUUUUACAUCAUCUAUGUCAGUCAUGGAACCCAGUCAUGCAGCACAGAAGCAAAGGAGAUGGGAAACCUGUUGAAGAUCGUUUUCACUUUGAUUUUGAUUUCCAAUCUAAUUGCAUAUAUUUGAUUUUGAAUGCUGUUCAUAAUUUGC